UUGAAACUCCCACCAGUUAGUCAGAACUGAAGAAGCCUUUAGAGUAAGAGGUGAUCCUCCUUAAGCAUUUAGUUAAUAAUAUUUUUAAUUUAGUUAAGAAUCCAGGAUCAGAAUGCCAAACGUGGUAGCUUUGUGUGCUUUUCUACCACUCCUUCUAUUUGUCCAUGCAGAUGUUGUGGAACGAUUUGAGAAUGUCCCAGAAUGCACGAUGUUCUUUUAUAAGGAGAAGGUGCCUGCAUGGGGGGCUACCACUCCUGGUGUGGCCCGCCUCUGUCAGCGGUUUGUCAACAGGUACCACUUUGCCACGCUGUAUGACACCGACCAUCGCAUUGCUGUCUACUCUGCUUAUCAAUUCCAGCCCAGCAAUGGAGGUGGCAGGGAGAAAAGGUGGUUUGUUGAGCCUCAGCUGGUGAAUAUGUCCUGGCCAGCUGAGAUGAAAGAUGGCUACUCGCUCGGGAAGGAUAACCCUGAUAUCUACCUGGGAGAGAGGCAAGCUCUGAAUGAAGACUACACAAAUUCUGGUUUUGACCGUGGUCACCUCAACCCUAAUGGACACCAUGCAGUCCCCAGCCGUAAUGCCACUUUCACUCUGACCAAUGUGGUUCCUCAAAACCCCAAGCUGAAUCAAAACUCCUGGAUGAUCCAUGAAUCCCAGCUCACAGAUCUCUUCCGUGACAAAUGUUCCAAGGCCUAUGUGCUGGUUGGAGCCAUUCCCUCUGCAGACAAUUGGAUUGUUAAAAACAAUGUGAAGCGUAUAAACAUCCCAGAUUACCUGUGGAAUGCCUACUGCUGCGUGGACAACAAUGGCAGACCCAUUCAGAGUGGUGCUGCCACAGCAAGGAACACAGAGGACAACUGGGUGGAGAAGCUCUCUCUGGAUGAACUGGAAGAAUUCCUGCAGCAGUUCUCCAAUCAACCAGUGGGGGAGCUGUUUUAUAACAAAUGCCAUGCUUAAACAAACAAACAAACAAACAAACAAAAACAUAGGGGUACUCAACUAAAAUUUAACAAGGUCCAGUUAUAGAAAAACUUUCCGCGCUAAGGUCGGGGAGAUCACAAUGAUUACUUAGUGUGAUGUUUUUUUUAACUGCGUUUAUAUAUAUAUUUAUAUAAACACAAUAAAACAUUGAAUAGCUCAAACUUUAAAACUUUUAAACUUUUAAAUUAAAAUAAGACUCACAUGACUCAUCUCAAAAAGACCUGUUUUAAAACCUUAAAAACAAGAACUGUGUCCUCAUGUUGUUAUGAGGCAGUGAAACCAAUGUCCAUCAGUCUCACAGAUAAAAAGGUGUUUUUUUGUGGGGCUGAGUGGGAAUUGUCACUGUUGUUUUGUCAAGUGAAAUUGUAAGCGUAUUAGUGCUGGGUGACACUAUAAAUUUUGGUAUUGAUCCAAAACCAGGUAAAU